AUAAAUGGGUAAUUGUAUGUAAAAAUAAUGUGAUUUCUUGUAACAAUUGUAAGUCGCCCUGCAUAAGGGCGUCUGCUAAGAAACAAUCUUUUUUUUUAAUGAUGACAUAAAAUAGUCCCUUAGAAGUUCCUCUACACAUUUCAGAUGUUAAUCUCUUGGCCACGAUUGAAAUAAACUUCACUGUACAUAUCGAAUAAUAAUAUCCCUUUGCAUAAAAGCAUAUUACUUUUUAUGACUGGAGAACAUUGACCCUUUAGCAGUCUGCGGACUGAUAUAUACUUUAUUGUUCUGCUGGUGGGAUCACGUGACGAUUCGGACCCAAUAGAAUGUUAGGCAACGUUCAAUUUAUUAGCUGACUGUAGUUCUUUGUGAGGCCAAGAUACUUGAAAAUCUACAGUUUCUUAUUUACUGAGGAUAGCGCGCUCUGUGUUUUUUUGCAAUGUCGACUUCAGGGACUCUUGCCAAUUAUUAUGUAGACUCUCUUAUAAUCCACGAGGGCGAGGAUCUCUUACAGUCCAGAUAUCCCUCUGGUCCAGUGGUUCAACAGGCAAGGCAACCAGCUUUGGCUGAGCACAGUGAACAGACACCAUGUAGUUUCCAGCCUAAACCCUGUGUAUUCAGCACAACCUGGAGCCCCGUUCACACUCAGCCACCCAGCAAUGCUUCCACGGUGUAUCACCCGUACGCGCAUCACCAGGCUCCGGCUGGAGAAACCGAUGGAAGGUGUAUGCGUUCUUGGUUACUGGAGCCAAUGCCCGGAGCUUUGCCUUUCCCCGGAUUACCACCAAACAGGCAGUACGACAUUAAACCCGAGCCGCUGACCAGGAGAGGUGACUGCAACACUUUCGAUACACACACUUUGGUUUUGUCUGAAUAUCCUGGCCUGUCUUCUUCAGGAGAGCAGGGAAAAAAAUCCAGUGAAAUUGCGUUUCCCGACAAUAGUGCGGUUGAAGACAAAAAAGAAAUAGAUCCAAAUAAUCCUGCUGCCAACUGGCUGCAUGCAAGCUCGACAAGAAAAAAGCGCUGUCCUUACACUAAACACCAGACGUUAGAGUUGGAAAAGGAGUUUUUGUUUAACAUGUAUCUCACCAGAGAUCGCAGAUACGAAGUGGCAAGACAGCUAAAUCUUACCGAAAGACAAGUUAAGAUCUGGUUUCAAAACAGGAGGAUGAAGAUGAAGAAAAUCAAUAAAGAUCGGCCGAAAGACGAGUGAUAUUAGUCGAGUUGUUGCUACAAAACAUGCAAACCAUGCAGGCCUCGUUGAACGAGGGCAUAGCAUAUCAUUUCAUGACAUCAGCACAAAUUUCCUUAAUGGCAAAUAUAAAAAGAAUACGUAACUGGCUUUCAUAAAGUACAGGGAAUUCACAAGACGUUUGUAUGGAGUUUUAAUCGAUUUACAAGUUAAAUAUUCUUUACAUGAAAACUAUCUUUUACUGCACAACUUGGUAAUGGGCUGUUCAGUUCGAUCUGUGUACCGUAGUGAAUUGUAUUUGUUUUAAUGCAGCAGACCUACCUGCUCCUAAAAACGCUGUCUUAGCCUGGUAGCGAUGUUUGUGUGAUUGGACAUUUGUGUUCUGGUGUUGAGCCUGUUGUGAUUGUGGAAACUACAUCUCGAUUUAACUCAGGUUGGGAAUGAGGAAAGCGUCGCUGAAACUAAACUAUUGUAAAUAAGAAUAAGUGGGUGUUAUAAAUAAAACUAGCAAACAUAAUGCAAGUAAUGAGAUAUGCUAACAAAUGUAUGGGGUGCAUGUUGUCGCACCUAUUUAAAAUAACGUAUUUAACUGAAUGCAGAAUAACUUGAUAUGCUGUCUCUUAAGGAUAAAAUGGAACAAAUACUUUGAUAUUAUUUAUGUAACACUGAACAAAUGUUAGAUGUUUUUGACUACAUAUAUGUAAUUUAAUUGAACUACCUUAUUCAUGUAAAAAAAAUAAGCAUAAAAUAUUUGAAAGGCUUACAUAGAUGUAAUGUUUUAUUCGUGACGUUAUUGAGCAAGGCUGAAUGCUUUGACGCGUGUGUAUAGAUUAAACCACUUUUGUUUGUAAGAAAACACUGUAUACAUUCUGGAAAGAUUACCUCGUGGCCUGUUGACAAAACGUUUAUGUUUUCCAAUGUAGUUCCGUUUGUAUUUUAAUAAAAGGUUGUGCCUUCCCAAAAUGUCCAUGGGUAUUCAUUUAUCAGUCACUUUCAACACAAUGAUGUUCCGGUGU